AUGGAAAAGUGUCGUCGCGGCGACCUGAACUCUGGGCCGGAGUUGAAGGAAGAGGGAGUCGCAGUCCUGGGCAUUGGCCAUUGGCACGUCUGUCGGUUUAUGCAACAUUUUAGCAAUUAUAUUCGCGUCGGGCGACAUUACAACGGCAAUUACACGCAGGAGCCGCAGGACAUGACGGUGGGCGGAAGGCCAUGGAGCUGGCAAGAAGGGAAGUUGGCAAAUAGGGGGUGUGGCCCUUCGUCCGGCCUUCUGGCAUUCCGGCAGUCUGACAUUCCGGCGUCCCUGUCAUCGUCACGUGGAGCGGCAACGUGA